AGCUUUAUAAUUUUUGGCCUAAGAGUUUCUACAUCAUGUUAGCUCAUGCAAAAUGAAAGACCCCGUAGUAUAGUUGUUCUUGUUUAGUAUCAUGGAAGUCAUUGAAGAAAAAGGGCAAUUAGAAGAAGAUUACACUCAAGAUGGCACGGUAGACUUACAAGGUAGACCUGUUUUAAGAUCAAAAACUGGAAGGUGGAAAGCUUGCUACUUCCUUGUAGGGUAUGAAUUGUUUGAGAGGAUGGCUUAUUAUGGAAUAUCAACAAACUUAGUGGUGUAUCUAACAAAUAAGUUCCAUCAAGGUACUGUGGAAGCUUCAAACAAUAUUAGUAAUUGGGGAGGAUCGGUGUGGAUUAUGCCACUUGCAGGAGCUUACGUAGCUGAUACUUAUCUUGGUCGAUAUUGGACUUUUGUAUUUGCUUCGUGCAUUUAUCUUGUGGUAUGAAUUGUGAGAUUUUAUAUGAUACUUUUGAUACAUUUAAACAUUUAUUUAUAAAGUAAACAUAUCAUGUUUUGGGUCUUAAACUUAAGAAAUAGACCAAAAAUUCUAACCUUGAAAUUUUUUUGUCUUAACUCAAUAGAGAAAUGAGCUUUUAUAAUUAGGAGUUUAGUUGGAACAUCAAUAUCUUCUCUUUGAGAAGUUAAUUUUAUGGUAUGGAUGAGUAAAACUCACACUAGCCACGUUGGAAUACAAAUUACAUACAACACCAAACUUAAGAAUGCAUA